UGAUGUUUGUGGUAAUGUGGGGGAUUCCGCGAGUGUUUUGUGUAUGAUUUCUGUCUGUGUUUCACCGUAGGUCCUGAACUUGAAAUCCAGCUAAGAUGUUGGGGCUCUCUGUGUUUGGUCUCUACAUGGUUUUUGUUGUCUUUCUCCUGUUUAUGAUGGUGUGUGUGGCUAUAUAUUUAAGCACGACGCCGUACCCAGAAAUCAUGCGAUAUGACCAGGAAAAGACGUUUUACACCAGCAAGAGCAAGAAGCAGAAAAAAGAGUUUCCAUUUGGAAAGUUCAAGUCUCAGGAUUCAGUGAAGCUGUCAGUUAUAGUGCCAGCAUAUAAUGAGGAAGAGAGACUGCCGAGCAUGAUGCGCGAGGCGCUGGACCACCUGGAGGCGCGCCGCGCCGCCGACGACACCUUCAGCUACGAGGUGAUCGUGGUGGACGACGGCAGCCGGGACUCCACCUCGGACCUGGCGCUGCAGUACACCGAGCAGUACGGCGCCGAGCGCGUGCGCGUGCUCACGCUGGCGCGCAACCGCGGCAAAGGCGGCGCGAUCCGCAUGGGGAUGCUGAGCUCGCGCGGGCACUGGCUGCUGUUCGCCGACGCCGACGGCGCCACCCGGUUCUCGGACCUGGAUCAGCUGGAGGCGCAGCUGGCGCCGCUGGCCGAGCGGCCCGACACGGCCGCGCUCGUGUGCGGCUCGCGCGCUCACCUCGAGAAGGAGAGCAUCGCACAGCGCUCGCUCUUCCGCACCGUGCUCAUGAAGGGCUUCCACGUGGUCGUGCGCGUGUUCACGGUGCGCGACGUGCGCGACACCCAGUGCGGCUUCAAGCUGUUCACCCGGCCGGCCAUGCUGCUCUGCUUCGCCAACCUGCACGUGGAGAGGUGGGCGUUCGAUGCGGAGAUGUUGUACGUGGCCCAGAAGCUGGACAUGCCGAUCAAGGAGGUGGCAGUGCACUGGACCGAAAUCGAAGGAUCCAAGCUGACACCGAUAAUCAGCUGGAUAGAGAUGGGCGUUGACCUGUUCUUCAUCUGGUUCCGGUACUCGAUCGGUGCGUGGAGAAUCCGAGAUCAGCUGGACAGUAAAAAGUUUGAAUGAGUUGCGACAUCAAGGCUGUGAUCAUGUGACGUCACUCGGGGUGAGAUGCGAAUGGUGGGGCAAGGAAUGUGUCAGCAGCGGGGCCGGGGCACCAAAGACGCGGCCAGUCCAGGCUUGUGCGUGGGUACGGGUGGGGGCACGCUCUGAAGCGAUUGUGGCAAGCGUUUCAAGUAUUCGUCAUUUGCUUUAUUGGAAAAUGAGUUUCCACUCUUUCGCGAGCUGUCUGUCGGAACCGGCGUCGGCAAAGCCAUUGUCACGUCACCACAAUUGACACACCGCCAGUGCAGGGUAGGUCCGGCCGUCACCGAAUGUCUAUGGCCGCGAUGGCUUACGAGAUUCUUGUCACACCGAUUUGUUGUGCAGUGAUAUCCAGUCGCGUAUCCGAUGUCAUGUGCUCUGAUCGCUUAUCCACAGUGAGCCUGAUUUUUGUGGGUAGAUGUUGGUGUUUGGGGGUGUUCACGUUUGGUUUCUUCGUGGUUGCGACUUGUUAGGUUUAGAAAAGGUUACGUUUUGUUGGUCAACAUUGCCACUGUACGCGUUCAGCGUAGUCGAGGACUUCUUUGGAAAAUGGGUCUUCUUUGGCCAAAAAUGAAUGCGUGAACUCAUUUUAUCUCCAUUUGGAUGACCUGCUGCUCUUAGAUUUCCACAUACCGCACCGGCGUAUCACGGUAACGGCAUGUACCACGUACAUACCUACGCACACAUUGAUGACCUUCCCAUGGGGCAUGUACGUGGCCCAGCUGAGUUCGAUAGGAUGCCAGUCUGUUCUGUCUUGAAAGUUUGUUCGAUGUUUUGUUCCCGCCUGUGACUUGUUUUGGAACUUCAUGAUCAUUCCUAGCAGACAACCCCAAAUGGAAAUUGUUUAUAAGAUAUUUGUUUCUUCGGGACGCCACAUUCCAUCGUGGACUGGUUGGACUGCGUCUUUUUGUUCGGCCUGCGUACUUGACAUGACCUUAUAAGUUAAUAGACGUGUUGGACACAGUCGACCAAGCCUGGAACUAAUGUGUGGCGCCUCCUUUUUCCACCGCUAUCGCUUCAUGGGCUUGCACCACACGCGCAGGAUAUUAAUACAGGUUUUACCGAAACGCUU